UCCCACGGGGCUCUACUGUAAGUCUGUAACCAGACUAACGACUCUGAAGCUCCUUCCAGAGAAAACGAAAAUAUAAUUGGCAAAAAAAAAUAAAAAAUGCAUAAAACCGCACAAGCGUGGUUUACGGGAGGCCCGAGCAACGAUCUGGAGAAAAAAUCGCCGUCUCUACUUGCGGAUUGGAACGCAUACGCCGCCGCAAAGGACGAUGAAGCGUCGUCGAGUCUCGGAUUUGAUCUCGAAGCCGCCGUCCGUACAGCCAACGACAAGGUCACCGGGACUUUUGGCGUGGUCUCUAAAGGAGUGAGAGAUUUACCCGGGAACUUUCAAUCUGCCACAAGUACUGUUCCUUCUGGAAAGGCUCUUAUGUACUUUGGGCUAUUUCUUAGUGCUGGAGUAUUUUUUAUCUUCAUAGCAUUCACCAUGUUCCUUCCUGUCAUGGUGAUAAUGCCUCAAAAGUUUGCUAUUUGCUUUACUAUUGGAUGUGGAUUCAUUAUUGGCUCAUUCUUUGCCCUCAAAGGUCCAAAAAAUCAACUUUCACACAUGUUAUCAAAGGAGAGGCUUCCAUUUACAGCAGUUUUCAUUGGCAGCAUGGUGGGGACAGUUUAUGUUUCAAUGGUGAUGCACAGUUAUAUUCUCUGUGUGCUAUUCUCCGUGGUGCAGGUUCUUGCUCUAGCAUAUUAUGCUAUCUCCUACUUCCCGGGAGGAUCGACUGGAAUGAAAUUCCUCUCUUCCACCCUCGCGUCUUCAAUACUAAGAUGUUUCGGAAGGUGACAGAUAUAUGCUCUCUUCACGCUCCCAUAACCGAAACCAUCCCUGAGCUGAUUCACACUAUAUUGCCUCGGUGAUCCAUCACAUCUAAAAUUUGCUUUUUCACGAGAUUAUAUAUUUCUGUAAACUGCAUUUUCCGAGCUAUCGAGCUUCAUGCUGAACCUGGUUUGAUACGAGCAGGCUGGUCUACUUGUGCCUACCUGUACCAACCCACAGGUCAAAGUCCACACAAGAAGCUAUUUGUUAACUUUGAAUUCUGAGUUCAUACGUGCUUUAAGAACAAUUCAAAGUAGGUGGUGGCUUUCAAUGGUAUACAUAUAUAUAUCCAGCUCAUUUUUACGUGUUGUGAAAAUUCUUGAUCCUUGAUAGCAAGACAAUGACUGCCAGAAAAUGAAAGAUUACUGUUUUGUGGGGAAACAUAUAUGAUAUAAUAUAUUAUUAGAACAUCUAUUAGCAGUGUGAGGUUGACCAAACAAUAUAGGAUAUCUUAAAUAAUUAUAUAUUUCUUUUCAACUCU